AUGCCCCGAGGAAUCAAGCUCCCCUUCACGUCCUCCUCCUCCCCCGCCAUGCCUCAUACCCAAUCCGACAAGGAGAGGCGCCCUUCAAGAUCCGGCAACAGGAUAGCCAACUUUUUCUCGUCCCCCAAGAACAAGGAACAGUCUGCCCAGCAGGCCCUCCUCGCCAUGCAGCAGGGCAACAUCACCCCCUCGGCCAUGGCUCUGCCGACCAUCUCCCUAUCGACCGCCUCUGCCGGUGAACCCGACAGCAAUCUUGACUCGACCACCCUUUUCUCGCCCCCCUCCGCCGCCGAGUCCGAGAACAAGCGCAGGGCCGACUCGCAGUUCGCGCCCCUGUCCGACCCCAGCCAUCUCUACGUGAGCAUGCACCACGGCGAGCCCCUCGAGGCGCCCAUUGUCGACGACCCUGCCUACUACUUCCUCAUCACCACCUACAUCAGCUACCUCUUCCUCAUCCUCCUCGGCCAUAUCCGCGACUUCUUCGGCAAGCGCUUCGGCAACAAGAAGCACUAUCAGUCCCUGAAGCCCCACAACGGCUACGCCUCCCUGAACGACGACUUUGACAACUUUUACACCCGUCGUCUGAAGCUGCGUCUCGAUGACUGCUUCGCCCGCAUCACCACCGGCGUUCCCGGCCGCUUCAUCUCUCUCCUCGACCGCACCUCGCCUGACUUCAACCGUACCUACCACUACACCGGCACCACCACUGAGACGCUCAACAUGAGCUCGUACAACUACCUCGGUUUCGCCCAGUCCGACGGUCCCUGUGCCGACGCCGUCGAGGAGACGGUCAAGCGCUACGGUGUCAGCUUCUGCAGCACGCGUGCUGACGCCGGUACCUCUGACCUGUCCCUGGAGGUCGAACGCGAGAUUGCUGCCUUUGUCGGCAAGCCUGAUGCUAUGGUCUUCUCCAUGGGUUUCGUCACCAACGCCAGUUCUUUCCCCGCUCUCGUCUCCAAGGGUUGUCUCAUUCUGUCCGAUGAGCUCAACCACGCCUCUAUCCGCGUCGGUGCGCGUCUGUCCGGCGCUGUCAUUGCCGCCUUCAAGCACAACGACAUGCACGAUCUCGAGAAGAAGCUCCGUGAGGCCAUCUCGCAGGGCCAGCCCCGUACCCACCGCCCGUGGAAGAAGAUUCUCGUCGUCGUCGAGGGCCUCUACUCCAUGGAGGGCACCAUGUGCGAUCUCCCCGGUAUCCUCGAGCUCAAGGACAAGUACAAGUUCUACCUCUUUAUCGACGAGGCCCACAGUGUUGGUGCCCUCGGUCCUCGCGGCCGUGGUGUGUGCGACUACUUUGGCGUCGACCCUGCCCGCGUUGACAUCCUUAUGGGAACCCUGACCAAGUCGUUCGGUGCCAACGGUGGCUACGUCGCCGCGAACAAGAACAUCAUUGACAAGCUGAGGAGUACCAAUGCCGCGACGAUGCUCGGUGAAGCCCCGACACCCUCUGUCCUCAUGCAAAUUCUUUCUUCUCUCAGGAUGAUCACUGGGGAGCUCUGCCUCGGCCAGGGCGACGAGCGUCUCCAGCGUAUCGCUUUCAACUCCCGCUAUCUCCGCCUCGGAUUGAAGCGUCUCGGCUUCAUCGUGUACGGCCACGACGACUCCCCCAUCAUCCCCAUCGCCCUGUACCACCCCGGCAAGAUGUCGGCCUUCAGCCACGAGAUGCUCAAGCGCAAGAUCGCCGUCGUCGUCGUCGGCUACCCCGCCACGCCCCUCAUCAGCUCCCGCGCCCGUUUCUGCGUUUCAUCCGCCCACAACAAGGACGACAUGGACCGCCUGCUGCAAGCUUGCGACGAGGUCGGCGACAUUCUGCAGCUCAAGUUCGCCACGGGCAUCGCCGGCGGCGCUGAGCCCUUACCUGAGGGCGUAACCCCCGAGGGCGAGAAGGAGUGGCGCCGCGCCAACGGCAUCGAGGCCGUCGUCAAACCGCCACGCUGGAAUAUGAAGGAUAUUCUCGCGCACGGCGUGCAAGAUUCCAAGAUGCGCUUGCGCUAG